AGUGUUCAUAGAUAUUUCGCACAUAACUCAACUGCUGUUACAUUUUGCGAACUAAAUUCUUCACCUUUGAGUCGAAAACCGCGAUGCCUAACAUUAUUGUGAUCGGUGCGGGAGUCUCUGGGCUCACCUCGGCGUAUCUCUUGUCAAAAGACAGAUCGAAUGUCGUUACUGUUGUCGCCAAGCAUAUGCCCGGCGACUAUGACAUAGAAUACGCAUCUCCAUGGGCUGGUGCAAACUUUAUGCCCAUGGCAUCCAAAGCGAACAAUCGCUGGGAAACUCGAUCAUGGCCUUAUCUGAAACAUCUUGCAGCAUCCGUGCCAGAGGCUGGCAUCCAUUUUCAAAAUUGCCGUCUGUAUCGUCGGGAGAAAGAUGUAAGAACGCUUGAGGAAGAAGAUUCGUUAUUUAGCAAUGUCUUCAAAAAGGAUCCUUGGUACACCGACGUCGUGGAUAACUACAAAGACUUGAACCCUGAAGAACUACCGUCGGGAAUCGCCUCCGCCUCUGAAUUUGGAUCAGUGUGCAUAAAUACCGCUCUUUACCUACCAUGGCUCAUUGGACAAUGCAGAGCGAACGGCGUUACCUUCCACCGGAAGAACCUUACUCACAUCUCAGAGCUACACUACCUAGAAGAAGAGAAGUUCAGACCCCACGUCAUAGUCAAUGCCACUGGGCUUUCAUCUUUGAAGCUGGGAGGUGUGAUGGACCAAACUAUGUACCCCGUCCGCGGCCAAGUAGUCGUCGUGAGGAACGUAGCUCCGCGCAUGGUCGUACAGUCUGGAACAGACGAAGGCGACGGCCAUGCUUGUUACAUCAUGACCCGGGCGAAUGGCGGAGGUACCAUCCUUGGAGGCACUGUACAAGUCGGCAGUUGGGAGAGUCAGCCAGAUCCCAAGACCGCAGAACAGAUCAUGAAGCGAGCUGUAAACAUUGUCCCUGAGCUUACGAAUGGCAAGGGCAUUGAGCAUCUCGAUGUUAUUCGCCAUGGUGUUGGACUAAGACCGGGGAGAGAGGGAGGCGUUCGACUUGAGAAAGAGAAGAUUGAUGGUGUUUGGGUCGUGCAUAACUACGGGCACGCAGGCUGGGGAUACCAAGGAUCGUUUGGUUGUGCGGAAGAGGUCGUAAAACUUGUCGAAAGUAUACCGGCACAAGCGAAACUGUAGAUACUGAAAUACUUUCGAACAAAACAACUAGUAGUUAGGUGAGUUGUCGAGUACCAAACAUG